AUGUGGAUGGUCGACGGCAAAUACGGUUUCCAGAAGAACUCAUACUAUGAUUUCAGCAAAGCCACCUCUCUUCCUGCGGGACUGAAAAUGAGCAACUACCCAGUUGACACAUACUUCUUUUCACCCGCGAACGUGAUUGUUGGCGGGGGCUACCUACAACUUUGGGUAAAGAACAAGUCAUUUCGAUCGGCCGAGGUUACGACCACGUCAAAAAUCAAGUACGCCUCUGUUCGGACAGUGGCUAUUCUCUCUGAGCCGGCUGGAGUCUGCAACGGAAUGUUCUUCUACCAGUCUGAUACUCAAGAGACGGACAUUGAGUUCCUAUCAAACGGCCAAUCGAACAGCAACACCGAUGCAGCGAGAACUGCCAACUCCAAAUCCGGCACGCGUUAUCUAUGGCUUUCAAACCAAGCAGUGGAUGGUAGUGGCCUGAAGACGACAAAUCCUGUCGCUUUGCCAGCCAAUCCGACGACUACUGAGCACGAGUACCGCUUGGAUUGGGUGCCUGGUAAGACCAUGUUCUACAUUGAUGGCAAAUUGGUCUGGACUUCGACGAAGAACGUUCCAUCCGUGGCUGGCACUUGGGUGUUCAACAACUGGGCCGACGGCGACAAGUACUGGAGUGCGGGGCCGCCGUCCCAAGACGCGGUCUUCAGGAUCAAGGAGAUUGACAUGUACUGGAAUGCUGGCUGA